UGAUGUUAUUGAUAAUCAACCAACCAGUUUCAAAACUAGUUGUGUUUACUCACUCUCUCUGUUUGUUUAUAUUAAAAUUAUCUUGAUCUUAAUUUGAUUGUCUAAUGUUUAUGUAUGAAUUAUAAUUCUCUGCACUAAAAAUAUGAUUAAAGCUAUUUUAGUGUUCAACAAUCAUGGGAAGCCCCGACUUUCAAAAUUUUAUCAAUUUUAUCCUGAAGAAAUGCAGCAACAGAUUAUUAGAGAAACAUUCCAAUUAGUUAGCAAAAGAGAUGAUAAUGUUUGUAAUUUUCUGGAAGGAGGCAGUCUGAUUGGAGGAUCUGACUAUAAACUUAUAUACCGACAUUAUGCUACAUUGUACUUUGUAUUUUGUGUGGAUUCCUCUGAAAGUGAACUUGGAAUAUUAGAUUUAAUUCAGGUUUUUGUUGAAACUUUGGACAAAUGCUUUGAAAACGUUUGUGAACUAGAUUUAAUAUUCCAUGUAGACAAGGUACAUUUUAUUUUGAAUGAAUUGGUCAUGGGUGGCAUGGUAUUAGAAACAAAUAUGUCUGAAAUUAUAACUAGAGUUGAAGAGCAGAAUAAACUUGAAAAGCAAGAGGCUGGUCUAUCAGCUGCCCCUGCCAGAGCUGUUUCUGCUGUAAAAAAUAUGAAUAUUCCUCAGCAAAUCAAAGACAUGAAACUGCCAGAUCUACCUUCAAUUAGUACUCUAAAAUUUUAAUCUGUCCUUAAAAUAUUCCGAAAGUGUCAUCCUUUUUCAUUAUUGUAUUCACUACCCUGCUCAUGAAGCAUGAUGUUUAUCAAUUUUUUGUAAAACAAUGAGUUAUUUAAUAAUAUAUAUGUAAUUGGUUUUUCAGUACUUUAAUAGGGUCUAACUUUCAUUACUAAUACUGUUUUAAGUUAUUUUACAGGAUGUUCUAAAUUACAUAGAUGUUUUUAAAAAAGAAAACGGUUAGUGUUUAAAAAGAAGAAAAAAAUCCAACAAAUGUGUGUAACAGGGCAUAAGUUUUUACCUUACAGAGUUCUUGGUGAAAAUUCAAAAAAUUUCUGAGGUGUGAUGUUACAGAUAGUAUUAUAAAUCCAAAAAAAUAAAUAAUUGAAAAACACAUCUUAGCGUGUGAAUGCAAGUUACAGUAGAUAUUUUGAAAAUAUUGCUACGUUAUAUUCUUCCUCAAAAGAUUUUUUAAAAUAUAUAUGACGCGAUUUUUCAUUGACGACACAUUCAGUACCUGCCAAGUAGCUACACAUUUAUCAUCUAAUUUGAACUAAAACCAAGAGGAAGAAAACUAUAUGCCCUUCAUUUAUUGAAAGAAUUGUUUUCUUUUUUAACCCUAAUCUUUUUCCUGUUAUGAAUUAGUGAAAACAGUCUACCUAAUUUAGAACAUCCUGUAUUUGGUUAAUACUACUUGGCUAUGCUCUAAAAAUUCAAAUGUAAAUUGAUUGUUUAAUAAUUAUUUUUUUAAUAGUGUAAAUAAUCUUUUUGUCAUAUUAAUUAUUUUGUAUUAAUUGUUAAGAUUAAAUCUUUUGAUUGUAUUAAUAAAUUUGCGAAGGUGCUUUUAUUUCAUUUUUAAAAAUGGAAAAUGAAGUCUAUAUUUAUAUAUAUAUAAGUACAUUUUAAUUGCUUUUUAAGCUGAUUGUUUUAGGUUUUUCAUGGAAUUAUGGUUUAUUGCUUAAGUGCUGGAAACACAAAAAUUUAUUAUAUUCAUUUAUACCUUUAUCAUCAGUUUACUUGAAAGAGUUUGUUUAAAACCUUUAGUAUGAAAUUAUGUAUGUUUAAGUGAGAGCUUAUUAUUUAAAACUGUAUAAUACACUUGUAGUUGUUUUUUAUGAGUUUAAAAAAAGUCUAUGUUUUGUUAUUUAUAUUUUAUUAUGCUGCUAAAAAUAGAGUACUUUGUUGUUUUAUAAUUAAAGUAGUACUAAAUUAUACAUUUCAAAAUCAGAAAAUUUAUCAAUUAAAAAAAAUGUGAGUCAAUGUUUAUUAUGAAAUUUUUUCAACAAAAAUUUUUGUACUGUAUUUUUAGUACUUAUGUGUUUGUCUUUGUUUCAUGGCAUACUUAUGUAAAUAAAAUACACAUGGGCAUGGACACAGUAGAGUCUAUAAUUAAUCUACACUACUUGAAAUUAAAGAAAUUUCAAAUUAUUACCCAUGUUUAAUAAAUUAAUUAAAACCAAAUUGUACAAACUUUAAAGUUAAUUAUUGCAAUAACAAACAGAAUAAAGAACUAGUUUUGAUUUUUUUUGUUGCUCUUCUGAAUUUUUUUUUUUUUAAAAAAAAUUCAGAAGACCAACAAAAAAAUUUGUAUUUCAUCCGCUUUUAAUUUUUAUAUCUAAUUUUUAAACAACUACAGCUAGUGGUUAGAACCAGAAUUUCAAAAUAUUAUCAAAUAUUACAUAAAAUCUAAUCAAACAAUUUAAUUAAGAUUUAGAAAAAAAUUUAGAAGGAACUUAAAAACUUUAUUCUAUAAUGUGAAACUUGGGUGUUCAUGUAAAACAAAAGCAUAACUUUUUUUCAUUUUGAGAGUAUUGAUAAUAGUUUUUUUUAAAUUCAAUUGUGAUUACAGUUAGCUUUUAUUUGAAAAUCAUUUAAAACUAAAUAGACUCUACUGUGUAUACAUGUAAUAUUUGUAAAUUAUGCUAUUUGGCUGUUACUUUUUUUCAUAUCUGAAAGUAAAAGGAAUUUUACAAGUUACAAAUAUGUUUUAUAAGUGGUUUUUAUUUUUAAAAAAUUUCUUGCAAUUAAAACUAAUUUUUCAACACAAAAACUUUAUCAAUCUGCAAGUUUUAUCAUCCAAUUUUUAUAAUGUUCCAUGUAUGAAUUUAUAAAAAAAAAAAAGACAAUAUUUUAGUCUGUUGAAUAAUGAAUCAAAAUUGAAAGAAAAAACUUUUCUUUUAAAUAGCCUUUUACAUAAAUGUAAUUAUUUUAUAUAGAAUGUCAUUAUGUUUUUGAAAAUCAACCAGAUAUGCUUGUAAUUUACAGAUUGAAGAAAAUUUAAUAUGCGAUACGUUUCAUAAUAAAAAUAUUCCAUGACAACUAA